UAUUAUUACAACAUUACACUAAUUUUUAUUUUCUCUUUCUAAUUUUUCCGACCGGCGAUCGAGGGCCUCCAUCUCCAAAUUCGUCGCCGCCGCAUCUCCGGAGGCAGAGCCGGCUCCGAACCGGAUCUAAAUCUUCCAUGUCCGACUUUCAGAUUUCUUCAAUUUUAUGAACCCUAAUUUACUCGUCUGUGAACUUGCAGUUACAUUUUCCCCUAUUUUUAUUUUUUAUUUUGAAAAAAGGGAAACCUAAUUUUUAGGGGAAUUUCUUCUGGUUUUCGCGGGAGGAAGUUCGUUUGAGUGAGUUAGUGCCUCUGGUACAGUGAGAUUUGCCUACAGGUGAGCUAAGUUUCGCUCGAUGUUCGAAGUACACGUGGCGAUCUGGAUAGUUACUACCUCCAUUUUCUUGCUCGGAUUUCAGUGAGCUUCUUUUAGGAAUUGUUCGCUUUUUCAAGCUAAUUCCCGUGGGAACGUUGACAUUUGUGGCAAUUAUUAGGGAACGUGGAAAUGUGUAUAUGUUUAAGAAUGUGGCUUCAUGAGCUGUUAAGAACAACUCACUGGUCGUAGUUUUUGUCUUGAAGUGUUUUUGGUCUGUCACUGAUUUAGAUUUGUAAAUGGAAGUAAACAAAGAGGAGGCCCUUAAAGCAAAAGUGGUUGCUGAGAAGCGUUUCGUGAAGCGAGACUUCAAUGGUGCAAAGAAUUAUGCAUUGAAGGCCAAAACUUUGUUCCCAGAGCUGGAAGGGAUAUCUCAAAUGGUGUCAACUUUUGAUGUUUACAUUGCCUCUGAGACUAUGUGUAAUGGUGAAGUGGACUAUUAUUCUAUUCUAGGAUUGAAGCCUUCUGCGAACAAAGAUGCUAUUAAAAAACAGUACAAGAAGAUGGCUGUGUUGCUUCAUCCCGACAAGAAUAAGACUGUCGGGGCUGACGGAGCUUUUAAGCUUGUUUCUGAAGCAUGGGCUCUACUUUCUGAUAAUUCCAAGAGAAAUGCGUAUGAUAUCAAGAGAACCACUCAAUUGGCAUCUGCUGUUAGCCAACCGAACUUAUCUUCACCUCAUGCUUCUGCGGCUACGAGUUUUAACAACUAUACCAACCUGUCCAUGUCGCACAGUAGACUCGAUACCUUUUGGACUGUUUGCACCUCUUGUAAAGUUCAGUAUGAGUAUCUCCGUAAAUAUGUGAACAAGAAACUUCGGUGCAAGAAUUGCCGUGGCGUUUUCAUUGCUGUGGAAACAGGAGCUGCCCCUGUGAAUGGUUCUUUUCCUUACUGCAACUGGUCAAAUGUUGCGGGUAAUCGAUAUGGAAGUCAUGGAUUUGAGGGAGUUACGUAUAUCCCAGGAGAUACUAGCUUUUAUACUGGACAUGGAUAUGAGUAUGUUUCGAAUGUGUCGUUUCAGUGGAACUCGUCAUCUGCAUUCUACACACAAACCUUGGGCCCGAAUGGGCCGGGUUCAGUACCUGUUGAUAAUCUUGGUCAAACAAAUGGGCAUUUCAGUUCAUCAGGAGUGAAAGAAAAGGCAAGAGUCAACGGGAAGCGCCCUACAAAAAACAAGGUGGCUAAUAUGAAUGCAAGCAUACCCUCUAGCUGUCAUGAGAUCUUGGGAUCAGAUAGCAAUGGAGCUGAUAAGAGAAGGAAGGUUGUUGCAGAAGCCAGUUUGAGAAAUGGUUAUGUGGAGAAGGGACCAUUGGCUGCUUCAGAUUCAGGAGUAGCUAAUGGAAAUGCCACUGUUAUGCCUGAGCCUUUAGUUUGCUCCUCUCCAACUGAGCUUUCAGCUAAGCGCUCCCCUGUCCCUCCGGCAUUCGACGCCAGAAAGCUGCUAAUUGAGAAGGCAAGGACUGUAAUUCGCCAGAAAUUGGAAGAGAUAAGGAUUUCUUCAGCCACUGCUUCUCUUGAGAAAUCAAAAACGGGAUCUCAAGUUGGAUUGGUUGGAAAGACUGGACGGGCACCGAAAACUACUAAUACCGACGUAUCCGGGCGUAGGUUAGACAAAGAUAAAGCUGGACCAGUCUCAAUUAACGUACCUGAUUCUGACUUCCACGAUUUUGACAAAGAUCGAUCAGAGGAAUGCUUCAAGGCAAAGCAAAUAUGGGCUCUUUACGAUGAAGAAGACGGCAUGCCUCGCUUGUACUGUCUGAUUCGCGAGAUCAUCUCUGUUAAACCAUUUAAGAUUCAUAUCAGUUACUUAAACUCCAAAACUGAUACGGAAUUCGGCUCAGUCAACUGGUUGGAGUACGGGUUUACGAAGUCCUGUGGAAAUUUUCGUGCUUGGCACUCUGAUGUUAUUGAACAUAUCAACAUCUUCUCUCAUGUCUUAAGCCGCGAAAAGGCUGGUAGGGGAGGCUGCAUUCGGAUAUAUCCAAGAAAUGGAGACAUUUGGGCUGUUUAUCGAAACUGGUCAUCAAACUGGGACAGAUCAACCCCUGAUGAAGUGAGGCACCGAUAUGAAAUGGUGGAAGUUCUUGAUGAUUACUCUGAAGAGCUUGGUGUCUGUGUGUGCCCCCUUGUGAAACUAACUGGAUUCAAGACGGUUUAUCAAAGAAAUACAGACAAAGAUGCCAUUCGUUGGAUUCCCAGGAAAGAAAUGCUACGAUUUUCACACCAGGUACCUUCUUAUUUACUAAAGGGAGAAACAAGUACAUUACCUGAACAUUGUUGGGAUCUCGAUCCGGCCGCCACUCCCGACGAACUGCUCCACACUGCCACAGAAAAUGAAGGGUUAACUGAAACCCAAUUGAGUUGAGUUGAGUUGAGCAGGAGAACGACGACGACGACGAAGACGAUGAUAAUGGGUGGGAGUCGAUCUGAGCAGUCUUAACCAAAGUUAGGUCUAACUGUACAAACAUGUCUCAUGAGUUUGGCCAAAUGCCAUUACAGACAAGGUGAGAAACCUACAGAUGAUUUGGAUAAUGUCUGCUGAUUUGCUUCUAUGACGACGAAUUUAGCUUCAAGUAAAUGCUUUCUAUCUCUAUCUGGUCGUAAUCUUAAAGGAGCACUUGAAAAAUUUUCGUUGGCUGAGAAACUUUGAGGCAUAUUAUCCUGCACUGCAUGCACCACAAUACAAGUUAUUAUGCUACGUUCUUCCCUGCCCUUGUUAAUCAGCAGAGCUUUGUUUUUCCUUUUUCCUUCCAGAUUAGUUUCUCUUACUUUGUUCUAAUGGAAAUGAACGAGAACUUGGCUGUUUAUUCUCUUGAUCUUGUUGUAAAAUUUGAAGCUUCAAUGCUUUGAAGCCUCAUUUCAUACGACAAACUACUGAUUUUCU